AUGGCGGUUUGCGUUGCAGUCUGCUGCGUCGGAGCCUUCACCUGGAGGCAAGCGGGGAGCUGUCGGCGCGAGAGCUGCAAGGGCAAGCGCAGGAUCGUUGACCACGACGCCGUGCCCGCCGUCAAGAGCGACCCACGCGCUGCUCAGAUGAGCCCGCUGGGCGGAGUCGUGCCACUUGAUGAGGACGGGGACCGCAGUCCCUCCCAGCUGGCGCCAGGGGAGGCGGAAGGCGACGAGCCAGUUGCCUGCCGCACCUCGUGCGUAAUGGCCAGCCCGGGCAUGCGGCACGUGCCGGCGCAGCCGGGUGGCGCUUGGCAGUUUAGGCUCGGUGGCCUGGCCACCAUCGAGGGCGUUUGGGAGAUGCCCUGUGUCUCGGGGGAGCGGCGGCAGACCGAAGAGAACAGCGUCAGUCUCCUGGAAGUGACCUACGAGGAUCUGGCCACCCUCACGGGCGUCUGUGAAGUGCAUUGGGUCUCGACCGAGCGGCGGCCUCUGGCCGAGGUAGACCGCAGUUUCAAUGUCGCGGUCGGCCUGGGGGGAGGCAGCCGCCUGGUGCCCGCCGACGGGGAGCAGCCAGCGCCGGGCACGGCGGUGACGAUGCCCACGGCGCCAGCGGCUGCGCCCGCCACGGCGACGCCGGGCACGGUGGCGACGAUGACACCCUCGGUGGUGUCUGCGACCUCGGUGCAGGGCGCAGCUCCAUCCCAAGUGCCGUUCCCAACGGCGGGCUUGCAGACACAGAUGUUGCCGCAGCACGUGCCGCAGCAAGCCGUGCAGACGCAGAUGCUGCAGGCACAGGCCCAGCAGCAAGGGCAGGACGCUCAGUUGCAGGCGAUGCAGGAGCUGAUGCAGCAGAUGCAGAUGCAGCAGGGCCAGAUGCCGAGUCAGCAGCAGCAGAUGCAGAUGCUCGCGAUGCAGGAGCAGAUGCUGCAGCUGCAGCAACAGGGCCAUGUGCAGAGUCACCAGCAGCAGAUGCAGAUGCGCGCGAUGCAGGAGCACAUGCAGCAGCAGCAGCUGCAGCAGCAGCAGCAGCAGAUGCAAGCGAUGCAGCAUCAGGCAUCCGAGCAGCAGCAAAUGCUCUACUACCAGCAGGCGCAGCAAGCAGCCAUGCAGCAGCAGGCGUCCAUGCAGCAGCAAGCAGCCAUGGAACAGCAGGCGGCCAUGCAGCAGCAGCAGCAGCAGCAGCAACAGCAGCACAUGUAUUAUUAUCAGCAGGCGCAGCAGGCAUCCAUGCAGCAUCAGGCGUUCGCGCAGCAGCACGCAGGCAUGCAGCAGCAGAUGCAGCAGCAGCAGCAGCAGCAGCAGCAGCUGCAGCUGCAGAUGCAACAGCAGCAGAUGCCGCUACCUUCGCAGCUGGCACCGCAGCAGCAGCCGGGUGCGGGGCCUCAGACUCUUCCUGCCAUGCCUGUGGCGGGUCCCCAGACUCUGCCUGUUAUGCCGCAGCCGGCGCCGCAUGCACAGACUGCGCCGCCCGGGUCGCCUACCGAGCCAGCCAUGAGCUCCACGUCCAUGGUCCCGGCGACGACCCCGGGGCAGGUUUGGAUGGGUCCCGCGGGCUUCGCCAACCCAGGCCCGGUAGGCAUGCCAACGCAGGAUGUCGGUUCGAUGCCGCCGAAAGCGGCGCAGCCCACAGGCGCCUUGGACAUCACACGCUACGUGGUGACCCCGCAGGGGGCAUCUCCAGUGCCGUCAGGUCCCGUGUCCGCGUCGCAGCAGCCCGACGUCAUCCACACCAUGGCGCCCCCCAUAUACAUGGAGGCCCCGCCUAUACAGGUGCCCUACAAUCCGCACUGACACCGUGUCAAUCGGCUCGACGUUUUGCUAGGGCGGGGCAGUUGGUGCCGAGAGGCGAUAUCAUCGGAGGGACGGGCUGGGGCUUUGCGAUGAUAGUGCGUGCGCAGAGUGUUUAGUUUUAUUGUUUUACACUGGCCGUUAAACGGUCUGAUCCCAGAGAGCGGCGAGGGACUCCUGAACAAUUUCAGUGGUGCCCCACGAUCUUCUGCUGGAUCUUGGUUGAUUUGCUUCAUGCCAGUGGGCCCUCAAGUGGCCACCUGGCUCGAUAUACGUGCAGGGAAGCGCAGGUCAGACCUGGCUCUCGCGGCCGACCUCCCACCUACAAUUAGAAUUCGCCUGUUCCGCGUAUCUCAAGCGUGCCUUAUGUCUAUCACUACGUGACUCUUCCUGCCUGCCUCCUCGCGAUGGUGGUGGCGGUGCCGAUUUCCUCUGCUCCUCUCCCGUCCUUCCGCCGCCGCCACGAUGCCGGGGCCCGAGGCUCUAGAACCCGGGCCCCGCCCCUGCGAAUUCGCUCCAGCAGGCCCCGGCCCCGGAGCGCGCGCGCUCACGCGCGCCCCAGAAGGCACCCGGGCGGCCAGGUCCCAGACACCCGGUGCCUCGAACGCUGGAGGUGGCCCUUCGGGACCCGCGCAACGGGAUCAAGAGUCGAGGCGCCGGACGUCUGAAGGGAGUGCGGCCGUCCGCCCGGAGGCGCGCGGCUCCCACCGAAAGCCACUGCCAGAGGCCAGCGGAGGCCGUGCGGCGCCGAGCGCGCGGCUCGCCGCCGUGGAGUUGCGCUGGGUGGGCGGGCGCGUGGCGGAAAUGCUCUGCCG